CUGUAGCCACCUAGGGUACAUUUGUAGCAGGGUCCGUCUCCAUCACUUUCCAGAACAGCCAGAAGAAACAAUACAACAGGGCUGAUUGCAACAGCAAGCCGCAACCAUGAACGGCACAGAGGGACCAUAUUUCUAUGUCCCUAUGUUAAACACCACCGGCAUUGUCCGGAGUCCUUAUGAAUACCCUCAGUACUACCUUGUCAACCCAGCAGCUUACGCUGCUCUGGGUCUCUACAUGUUCCUGCUCAUCCUUCUUGGCUUCCCUGUCAACUUCCUCACUCUGUACGUCACCAUCGAACACAAGAAGCUGCGAACCCCUCUAAACUACAUCCUGUUGAACCUUGCGGUGUCUGACCUCUUCAUGGUGUUUGGAGGAUUCACUACAACAUUGUACACCUCUCUGCACGGCUACUUCGUCCUAGGACGCCUUGGUUGCAAUCUGGAAGGAUUCUUUGCUACAUUGGGUGGUAUGAUUUCCCUUUGGUCACUGGUUGUUCUGGCUGUUGAAAGGUGGGUGGUUGUCUGCAAGCCCAUCAGCAACUUCCGCUUUGGGGAGAACCACGCGAUCAUGGGUUUGAUCUUCACCUGGGUGAUGGCCUUAGCUUGUUCCACGCCCCCGCUAUUUGGCUGGUCUCGUUACAUCCCUGAGGGCAUGCAGUGCUCAUGUGGGGUGGACUACUACACACGUGCAGAAGGCUUUAAUAAUGAGUCCUUUGUGAUCUACAUGUUUCUCUGCCACUUCAUCAUUCCAAUGACUAUCGUUUUCUUCUGCUACGGCCGUCUGCUCUGUGCUGUCAAGGAGGCGGCUGCUGCCCAGCAGGAGUCUGAGACCACCCAGAGGGCUGAGAAGGAAGUCUCCCGCAUGGUAGUGAUCAUGGUCAUCUCCUACCUGGUGUGUUGGUUACCCUAUGCCAGUGUGGCCUGGUAUAUCUUUACAAAUCAGGGCUCUGAGUUUGGCCCACUCUUCAUGACCCUCCCGGCCUUCUUUGCCAAGACUGCAGCUGUCUACAACCCAGUGAUCUACAUCUGCAUGAACAAGCAGUUCCGCCACUGCAUGAUCACCACCUUGUGCUGUGGGAAGAAUCCCUUUGAGGAGGAGGAGGGAGCAUCCUCUACGAAGACCGAGGCCUCCUCUGUCUCCUCCAGCUCUGUGUCUCCUGCAUAAAAGAGCUGUCAACACAGGCUCCAUGAUCCACUAUCCAAGAAGAAGACUUCUGCUCCCCCCGGGAAACGACUGAAGAGUAAUGUCUACAAAAAUAAUUUCCUUUUGUAUUUUUACAAAUGUGUUGGUUCAACCUAAAGACAGUUGCAGGAAAGGUCAGCCCAUUACAAAGUUGUUCCUGUUUGUACAGAAUAUCCAACUUAAAAUUUAUGAGAUUUUUCUUUCUGAGAGUAAAGGGAAAAAAUGUAAUCUUUUACAGUUGGAUCCUAUAUAAUACUGGCUUAUUUUUGAAUGUAGAGGCAUAUAAACAAGGCAACGUAAAAUAAAACGCACUUUGCAAAUGAC